GAAGGUGCCUCGCCUUCACACCACCCCGCGGAGGCAUCACCCAGGCCACCAUUUCGGCUGUUUAAUCGAUUCCUGGGCAGUUCGCGGCCGUUCUACACAAAGUGUGGUGCAGCCCAUUAGUGGAAGUACAUCAUGGGAAAUACUGAGAGCAAUGUGACGAGUGGCGUGAAGAAGCAGGCGGGAACGUCCACCCAGGAGCUGUACAAGUUCGUGAAUCUCAAGGGUGGCGGGCUGCUGGUGGACAUGAUGAAGAGGGCGGCGCAGAGUAAGCAAUUCGCAGAGAUUGAUCACGCCAUCAAGACCAAGGUGGAGCCAUUUCUGUACAACAAGGGCGCCGGAAAGUGGAUUCCGGUGGCCUCGCUCGUCCUGCUGCGCAAUCGAGAGCGUCCUCGGCACAAGCAGCUGCCCGAGAUCCGCGUGAUGGAGAAUCCAGAUGAGGAUUUCGAUAUUGCGCAGCACUGUCCCGAGGUCAGCGAGGCGGAGUACUACAGCAACAUGGAGGCGUACAGGGAUGUGUGCUGGGACAUCAAGGAACGGGGCGCCGUUGGCGAGACCAUCCUGCAUCUCUGUCUGCUCAAUGCCACGUCCUUGCACGCCGACCUGGCCAAGAGGCUGCUCAGAUUCUACCCGAAACUCAUCAAUGACAUCUACAUGUGCGAUGAGUAUUGGGGCGAGAAUUGCCUCCACAUUGCCAUCGUGAACGAGGAUCCGGCCAUGGUGAAGUAUCUCCUGGACGCUGGAUCGGAGGUUAAUGAGCGCUGCUGUGGCAACUUCAUGUGUCCGGAGGAUCAGAAGGCAACAAGAUUCGAUUGCACAGACCACGAAUACGUUGGAGUUCUGCCCAUGACGAACUAUGAUGGUUACGUCUACUGGGGAGAAUAUCCGCUCAGCUUCGCCGCAUGUCUCGGCCAGGAGGAGUGCUAUCGUCUGGUUCUGGCCCGUGGAGCCGAUCCCGACGCCCAGGACACCAAUGGUAACACCGUUCUGCACAUGCUGGUCAUCUACGAAAAGGUCUCCACAUUCGACAUGGCCUACGAAGUGGGAUCCACUCUGUCCAUCCGCAACAUGCUAAAUCUCACUCCCCUGACACUGGCCGCGAAGCUGGCGCGCGUGGAGAUGUUCUUCCACAUCCUCAACAUCGAGCGUGAGAUUUACUGGCAACUGGGCAGCGUCACGUGUGCUGCUUAUCCACUGUCGCAGAUCGACACAAUUGACGUCGAGACGGGCCACAUUAGCAAGAAUUCCGCGCUGAAUCUCGUGGUGUUUGGCGACAAAGAUGAACAUCUUGAACUCAUGGAUGGGGUGCUGAUAGAUCUGCUGAAAGUCAAGUGGAACACCUUCGUGAAGAGUCGCUUCUACCAGCAAUUCUACCUCUUCGCCAUGUACUUCAUGGUCAGUCUCGUGAGCUUUAUUCUGCGUCCUGGACAAGCAUCUGAGGAGGAUGAAGAUGAGAAGAUCAUCGUGGCCAGCAGACAGACGAACGGCACACGAGAGUUGUACAGCUUGCUGGCGAAUGGAAGCUUCGGCUUCUUCAAUGACUCCGGAAAUGGCAGUCAAGUCGACACGGAUCUCGUGUGGGUGAACAAAAGUGGAAGCUGGUGGAAUCAGUAUGGAGAUUGUCCACUGCUGGACUUUGAGACGACAGAGAGCAAGCUGAGGAUCAUCUCGGAAGUGAUCUUACUAGUGGGAGCAGUGCUCUAUAUCUUGGCCGCUCUCAGAGAGAGUCGCUUCCUCGGCUACAAAAUGUUCAUUGAGAAUUUGUCGACGGCGCCUUCGCGAGUGAUGUUUCUGUUCUCCUGCUGUCUCAUGAUGGUCAUGCCAUGGCUGAGGCUGUCCUGCUCAACUGAGAUGGAGGAUCAUGUGAUUGUGGUGAUAAUGCUGACGACGGCGCCUUACUUUCUCUUCUUCUGCCGCGGCUUCAAGACCGUCGGACCCUUCGUGGUGAUGAUCUACCGAAUGGUGAUGGGCGAUCUGCUGCGCUUCGUCUCCAUCUACCUCGUGUUCGUGAUGGGCUUCUCGCAGGCCUACUACAUCAUCUUCCUAUCAUUUGACAAUCCCACCACGCCCGAGGGUAUCGACGAUAGCCAGACGAAUCCCGUGCCGUCGCCCAUGGAGUCCUUCGUGGCCAUGUUCCUGAUGUCGCUGGGCAACUUUGGCGACUACUACUCGGCCAUGGAGCUGACGAACCACGAAAUGGAGGGAAAGGUGCUCUUCGUGGUGUUCAUGGUGAUCGUGGCUGUGCUGCUGGUGAACAUGCUGAUCGCCAUGAUGGGCAACACGUACCAGAAGAUCGCCGAGACGCGCAAUGAGUGGCAACGACAGUGGGCACGAAUUGUUCUCGUGGUCGAGCGUGGCGUCGCGCCGGCAGAGAGACUGAAGAAGCUCAAUUUCUACAGUCAGCCAAUGUCGGACGGCAGAAGAGCGCUGGUGCUGCGCCUCAACAUGACGGACGAUGACAAGGAGGAGAUGAAGGAGAUCAUGGAGAUGAAGCGCGUGCACGAUCGUCUGUCCAAGAAGCGAAAAGUCGAGCGCGAGAAGAGAAUGCAGGACCGACAGAAGUUGAGGGAGAAGUACGCCACCAGCAAUUCAUCCCAGGAGUAUCUCACCACCAAAGCGGGCUUCUGAAGUGUCUCCAAUUUAUCC